GGGCCACCCGGACCAGCAGGACCCCCGGGACCGAAAGGACCUGACGGCGUACCGGGGGAAGCUGGAGGAGCCGGACAACCGGGCGCACCUGGACAACCAGGUACUCCAGCACAAAACAGAGCCGCAGUUCCAGGUCCUCCUGGACAAAAAGGACCCGCAGGGGCUCCUGGAGAGCCUGGAACACCUGGUGCGCCAGGACAGAAUGGACAACCAGGACCUCCAGGACCUCGCGGAAUGCCUGGCAGUGACGGACAGAAAGGUCCUGACGGCCAGCCGGGACAGUCCGGCCAAGCGGGCCGAGCUGGAACCGCAGGAGAGAGAGGUAUCUGCCCAACGUACUGUGCUAGAGAUGGAGGUGUGUUCUUCGAGAAUGGAACGAAACGAAGACGAAGAGGUAUCUGCCCAACGUACUGUGCUAGAGAUGGCGGUGUGUUCUUCGAGAAUGGAACGAGACGAAGACGACGAGGCUAA